AUGCCAUCCAAGUCGCACAGUCAAGCCAGGAAUGGGAACCGUAGGAGGUACGAGUCUGAGGCCUCUUCCAUUCGCCCUGCCGAACCUAAAACUGACCGAGCUGACCUUAUGCAGCCAUACAAAGUCACGCAUGGGCUGCUUCACGUGUAUUUGUCUGGUCCAGUAAGCGCCGUCAUAUCCGCUGCGACGAGAACUAUCCCCAGUGCUCAUGAUCCCCCAGCCAGAACUGCACUAAGCACAAGGUCAAAUGCUCCUUUCACGAUACCCCGUCACAAGAAGAGUUGCUACUUCAGCCCUCGCCUGAGAAUACUUCAUCAAAGUCUUGUUCAAGCUCGAAACCUCGUCGACCAUGGUCGGCCAAGGCCAGGGCAGAGCUUUUUUCGUAUCAUCUCGUCAUCUCGGCUAGCGAUGAAUGGAGUCCUCGCCCUUUCAGCAUACCAAGUUGCAUCAGUUACUCACUGCCAACAUGCCCGUCGAAAAGAGUAUCAAUAUCAGAUGCUAGCUAUCCAGGACCUCAGAAGAUGUCUGUCCAACUUUAGACCAGAGCAUGCUGAUGGAGCCCUCGUUGCCUCGAUGGCACUACUAUGGCUCUGUGAAGAUAUGUCGAGCCGAAGACAGAUUGCAGAAGGGAUCUCAGCGAUUUUGCAAACAUGCCAUCGGUUAGGUCACCAAUCCGGAUUUUAUCACAUGAUAGCAAAAGCAUGGCGUCAAACUGCCCAUCUGCACACAACGCUCAAGACAGAGUGCGGGAAGCCGAAUGGACUACAACGUAUAAUUGUCGAGAUGCAGAAGUUCAAGGCUCUCUUGAAAGAGCAAGAACCGGACGACGACACCUGGAGACAGCUGCGGCUACUCAUCGCUCUUGCGGAGGACUUGACCGAACUGGAGCCGUCGACACCCGCCGAUAAACAAUUCGAACGGAUCCGGCUGCUGCGAGACUACAAGCUCUGGCUCCCUCUUAAUGACCUCUUGACCGGCAGGAACCUGUCAAGCACGCUGAUGGUCAAUGCCUAUCUAUACACGAUAGCUUUAUACGCCCAGCGCCAGACAUCGCAGGCGUAUAUGAUUGACCUGGGAGUCGACCUGCCCAGUUUGCUGGACUCGACGUUACGGCAAAUCACACCUGUAAAAUCGUACACUGGGUCACUCAACAACCUGAAAGCCCUGCAAGUUCAGAUUGUGGUGAUGGAAUGA